CACUAGCAACCGCCGCCGCCGAUGACCUGGACCAGCAGCAUGAGCAGCGGCUACAGCAGCUUGGAGGAGGAGGAGUCCGAGGAGUUCUUCUUCACCGCCCGUACGUCCUUCUUCAGGAGGCCGCCGGGCAAGACCCGGGCCACCCCACAAGAUGUUCAGAAAGAGAGUGAACCUCAUGUUUAUCUCAGUAAAGAAGAAGUUAAAGAGAAGAUACAAAGCUAUAAUUCAUCUGUCACUGAUAAAUUAAAGAUGACCCUGAAUGCGAAUGGGAUUUACACUGGCUUCAUCAAAGUCCAGAUGGAACUAUGCAGACCAAUCACUGUGCAGUCUUCCCAGAGCCAGGGAAGGUGUGCUCACAGCAAUAACGAAACUGCUUUCUACUUGCCGGACGGCUGCGUGAAUACCCUGCACAUCAGCAGCACCAAUACUGUCCGUGAAGUUAUUGAGGCCUUGCUUAAAAAGUUUUUUGUAGCUGACAACCCUGCCAAGUUUGCACUUUAUAAACGCUGUCACAAGGAAGACCAAGUUUAUACAUGCAAGCUGUCAGACCGAGAACAUCCCCUCUACCUGCGUUUGGUGGCAGGCCCUCGAACAGAAAUGCUCAGUUUUGUUCUACGUGAGCAUGAAACUGGAGAAGUCAUGUGGGAAGCUUUUACUAUUCCUGAACUGCAAAACUUCUUGCGUAUACUGGACAAAGAGGAAAAUGAGCAACUGCAAAUCUUAAAGAAGCGUUAUGGAGCUUACAGGGACAAACUUGAAGAAGCCCUUAGCGGGGUGUGGAAACCUGGUUAAAAGGGGGGGCCAAAAGACACUCAGGAAAAAUGCACGCUACCAAAUGUCAGUAUAGCAUGCCAAACCCAAUCUACAGACAGCAGCAAAGAGUAGUUUUCUUUAUUCAGAAGACUGUUUUUGUGAUGCCCAGGGUACCUGAACUUUGCUAUAGACUUAGUUUUGUAAGCCAGGUCACUUACCAUCUUGCUCCCAUGAGUAAGGGAUUCUGCAUGUUUGUACAUCAGUUUGCAACCCUCUGUGUGCCUAGAGAGUUUUCCAAGUUAUCUUGGUGCAAGCUGUGAAACUGUAAUCCAUUUUCUAGGAUGUUAUGGAAUAAGUUUUUUUUUGUUUUGUUUUCUUCUUUGCUUUAAUGGUAGCUUUACAAGUAAGGAUGUGCAAAUUGAGAGGUUAAAAAAAAUUAUUAAAACUGCUUGGACAAGAAUUAGUUGGAGCACUAUUUUUGAGAUUUAGAUUGAUUUGCACUACCUUUCUGUUUUCAAAUAGUUACUGUAUAAUUUGUGAGAGAAAUGUUAUAGAUGGAAGGCAUAUGAGAUCUUGUGGUUUGUUCUGUGAAAUUUAUGGAAGACGUUAUUGUAGUCUGGAGAAAGUAAAGAGAAAGUUGAAAAGAAGGUAAGAGUUGAGGGAGAACUCUUAACAGCUGGCAGAGGAGGACUGGGUUUAAAUGGAAAUAGUAUUUAUACAGAAGAAAGUUCAAAUACUAAUUCUACAGGAUUAAAGUUUUAGGAUGUUAUAAUAUUGUGAAUAAGUUUUAUGGUUUAACUAUACAAAUCCACACUGGAAAAGAAAUAAGAUAAUAGAAACAGUGGGAAGGAAUGAGAAGCAAAAGCUAAGUAAGAAUGGAAGUGGAGCUGCACAUAGAAGUCAUUAUUGGUGAAGUUGGUUCCGUAAAUGUGUAAUGGGGGGUUGAAAAGUGCAGUAAAGAAAAAACAUAGCUGCUUACUUGAAUUCUGAAAAGUGGACAUUGUCUCAGAUGAAUCUGUGAGACAUGCCCAUCUAUAAGUGUUUAGUCAUAAGCUAUAUAACUAUAGAUGCAUUUGGUCUUUAUUGUAAGUCAGAUCUUUCCUCUGGCUUAGUGAGCCAUUUUUAGGCUGGAUAGUUCUGAAUUAUCAUAUCUGAAAGACAAAACUUCCUCUGCUUCUUUGUUAAAGGCUCAGGCAAAGAAAGUAGACUGAUUCACGUUCCCACUUGAGCAGAAAAAUAACAUUUAUUGGCUGUGUUGGUGACUGAGCUGAGUAACUCUUGCUUUUAGUAAUUCAGAAGAUUUUUCCUUACGGUUUUAAAAUUUUAAUUGAAAAAAACUUAAUACCAAAUUCUGCAGACUGCUGAUUUACUUGAUUUAGACAUAGAAAAAAAAAAGUAGCAAGAAAACUGCUGUAAAUAUAACUUGCAGAGUUAUUUACCUAAAAAAAGUGUGUUCAAAUGAAACCAAAGAAAAGGGUGUGCAAUAGAAGCAUGAGGCAGAUUUGAGUAAUUGAUACUUUAGUCAUCAUCAUGCCAGAGAGGAAAUGAGUUAUCUUUUGAAGGGGGGAAGGAGGGAGGAGUGCCAACAAUUUCGGAGCAGCAGAAGUUGUUGGGUUUUUUUUCCCUCCACUCUUAGGGUGCUCGUUUUAAAUUCCCAAGGAAUUGUUAAAACCGUGGUGACAUCUAAUGGAUACUGUGUGAAACUCCAAGAUGCUUCUGUUCUUCCCCUCAGUUUGAUGCAAUUGUGCCUUUGUUUCCUUUCCCUAGUAAGACUUUUUUUUUAUAAAACUCUUCACAGGUUGGUUUUGGAAUUUGCAAGCUUAAUGAGACAAUCAUAAUGUUUUAAAGUGUUAAGAGAAAUUAAGAGUAGGACUAACUAUAAAGUAUAUAUAAGGCAUAUCUUGUUUGUUUUCUUGAUUUCACAUGUAACAUUAUAAUGCAUGUGUUGAGUUAGUAACAUUAUCCUCAAGUGAGUCACUUUAUAAUGGUUCAGGGAAUGCUUUUAUGUUAUGUUGUAAUUUGAUUUUCUAUGAAUGCAGCAGCAUGUUGGUGGCUAUUCUGUUAACAUCUACUUAAUUUAUCUAUGUGCCCAGAACUAUGUAAUCAUUACAUAAUUGCUGUCAGUGUUGAACCAUUUGUUGCUCAGAUUUAAACACUGUUUGAGUUGAAAAGUGGAGUAUAAAAAAAAAAUAUGUGAAUUUUGUUUUUUUACUUGAACUAAACUAUCAGUCUUUAAAGCAGGUGCAUCUGCAUUUACUUCAGCCAAAAACCUCAAUCAGUGUUGUAUGCACUAAGAGUCUUGAUUUGGGGUGAAGGGGGUGGGGGACCAAAAUUAAAAUAUAAGUUUAUUUUGUUGUAGUCCUCAAUUAUCGUAAGAUGUUGUGUAUGGGGUUAAUUUUUUUCUCGGUUUUUAGUUGGUUUUUUUAUUAUUUUAUUUUAUUUUUACACACUGGCAAUGUUAACAGUUUUAAUUUAAAAGGAAUGGUCAUGCCUAGCCAGUUUUUAUCUCUAUUUUUAGCAUCAAAUUGAACUGUCAAAAGCUUUUGUUGCAAAUCCGUUUUAAUUUCAUGAUGUGAAGGUACCAGAAUGAUUAAAUGAUAUGUUGGG